CCCCAACGUCAUCCGGCCGAACGCUCCCCAAGUCUAAACUCUACCCGGCAGGACUGCAACACGUUGUCACUCAUCAUCACAUUGGCCCCCCGGGAGGAGCCAUGGUCGCAGCGGCAGUAUUGUCCAAGACUCCCCAACGAGAUAGGCGCGCCAGCACGACCGAGACGCCCCACUCCGCAAAGAAGCGUCUCAAUGGGCUGUGGGAAGACGGCCAGUGGUGGUGCAACUGUGAGCCCCGCAAGCCGGCCACCCUGCGCGAGGUGAAGAAGGACACCCCCAACAAGGGCAAGCUGUUCUGGACGUGCUCAACCUACCCAUUCUGCAAGUUCUUCCUCUGGAGGGACGAGGCCUCUCUCCGAGAGGACGGGCUCCCAUCGGGUACUCACGGCGGCGGCGCCGGCGCCGGCGUGUCGUUGGCCGCUGUGGAGGAGACCGAAGCGCAGCAGCCUCUGCCAAAGCCAAGAACGCCGAGCUUCACCCAGCGGCCCCUGACUUCGUUUGGAGUCCAGCUCACGUCCACCCAGCGGCACCCGGGACUUGACGAGCCCGUAGCAGGUGCAGAUACAGAGCAGACCGGUCGCAGCAGCGGUCGCAGCAGCGGUGAAGACAAGGCUCCUCGUACUAGCAGCUCUCAUACACUGGGCAUGGAGACACCAUGUCCCACCCCUUCUAAGCGGAAGAGAAGCGCGUUCGAGCCGCGAAACGGCGGCGGUGACAACGCAGAGCUCUUCAGCGACCUGGACUCGGACGACGAGCGUCAGCUAGCGGAUCUGGCUGAUCGGAGCGCCGAAAAGGUUCGACAAAGGGCAGACAACACCUUUACCACCACCCCAAGCGUGAAUCGGGCCAUCGACGCGGAACAGGGUCUGCGCACACCAUCCGUCGCUCGCACCCUCUUCACAGGGCCUAGCACCAAGCGCCAAAAGACCGUCUCGUUCGAGCAGCAGGAGCAGCUGGCGACCCCGACCGCCGUAUCUGGCAUCCCCACGCCGGCAAAAACCCCCUCGACAUCAUCAUCAAGGACCACCGGCCUGCAGCAGUCAGCAACAACACCGUCCAGCAGCCCAGCCGACCCCGCUCACGAUCCUACGGACGAGAUCAUGGCGAUCCUUCGCGGCAGCAACGUACUUGACCCGGCAGUCCUCCACUCUGUGCAAGACCUGCUCGUUGCGUCGGCCCGUCGCACAAGGGGCCUCCUGAUGGGCCGGGAUUCGGCUCGCGCCUCGCUUAAGCACAAGGACGAACGUAUCGCCCAGCUCCAGGAGCGCAUCGUUGCAUUGGAGAACAGAGAGCGUUUCCACACUAGGCAGCUAACCAAUAUCAAGGCCCAGCUCACACCGAUGCCCGAUGACAGUUCGUAAGCAGAUGAUUCGCGGCGUUUGGGAGUAGGAGUAAAUUGGACUGUACAGCGGGUUUUCCUUUGGCGUCCGUCUCUCGCCCAAUGAUGGGGUGCUCAUGUCCGCAAAGCAAGGAUGGCACUAAGCCUAGAACUAGCAGUUGAAGCCAGCCAUGCUGUGAGACAACGCUCCGCCGGGCAUUUCGAUCUGGAGGAGAGCUUUUAGUAUCGGUGGUUGGGAAAAGCGAUGGCGCCUCUUGCUUGUAAUCUUGUUUUCAGAUUGCUACAGAAACUCAGCUCCUCCCAUGCUCAAUUACACGUGUACACAUCCGC